AUGUAUGAUGAAGGCAUCGAAGAUUUUGCAAUUGAUGAAGACACGGACAUUACAGAUGUUGCACAACUGGCAAUUUUCAUCUGCGGAGUUGAUGACACAUUGACCGUCACCGAGGAGUUCGUGGAGUUGGUGCCCAUGACAGAUACAACGACAGCAGCUGAUAUUUUCACCGCACUCGUCAGCAUGCUGGACAGGGUCGGAGUGGACUGGUCCCACACUGUCAGCCUGGCUACAGAUGGUGCGCCCUCAAUGAUCGGUAAAAAAGCAGGCGUUUUUGACAGCCUUCUCAGAGAGAAAGACCACAGCUAUGGCCUGCCAUACCACACUGAGGCUGACAGCCAGAGUCAGCGAGUGUCGGGCUACAAGAAGGCAAAUGCAUGUGUGUGCCAGCUAAACUCCACCAUGUGGGUGUUCCCUGCUCAGAAGUUUAAGUACGUGUUGGAGGAAGUUCACACCUGUGAAGAAUCUCUGAAUAACCUACAAGAAGAGCUGUCGUUCUCCAGCCAACGUCUUCCUCUGAUCCAAGAUCAGUUUACUAACUUUACGGCCCGGCUGGAGCCCUACGACUACCUGCACUCCCAGGGCCUGUAUACAGAACUGUCCCUGCGCCAGCUGGGCCAGGAGCUCAGCCAGUUACAGGAGGACAUCGAUGUGGUCCACAGCCAGCUUAACAACUCCCACACACAGAAACUCUCCAAAGAGGCUGAUAGACUACAUAAACAUGUAAACAAGAUGCAAACAAUAGACACGCUUAACAUGAAGACUGUGAAGGAGAAACUGCGCUACCUAAAGAAUAAUGUGGAGACCUGCAAGUCAAUCCCCAAAGACUUCAGAGUUCAAGACAAGCACUGCGUCAGAGGUCUGAUCACCAACAUCAGUGACCCUAUCACUACUAAAGUCAGUCCUCAUGGUAAAAGCUAUGUCUCUGGUUCGUGGGGAAAACAAGCCCAGAAAGAGAGCGAGGGGCAGAAGAACAGUUACUGGGUUCAACCUCUGCUCAGCAGCCACAUCUGGGGCAACACUGUGCGCCUUUACCAAACCUACGAAGACUUCAUGGCCUCAACAAACCACAGAGAAUUUACCUUUGCUUCAUCUUACAGUCAUCCCAGCACAAAUGAAGGUCCGAACGCCGUCCUGUACGGUGAGGCUCUGUAUUAUCACUGCUACCGCUCUGCAGACGUGUGCCGGUACGACCUGGAGGCCAACGAGGUCAAACGGGUGACUCUUCCAGGCACCGGUGUGGGUUUCAACAACAAGUUCCCCUAUUGUUACUACGAUUGCCGGCUCAAUAGUGAUGUUGAUGUAGAGGCAGAUGAAACAGGACUGUGGGCUCUCUAUGCCACUCUAGGUAACCAUGGUAACCUUGUGAUCAGCCGAUUAGUUUGGGACAGCGAGGUGAAGAGUCUCAACGUGACACAGACGUGGGAAACGAGGCUGUUCAAGAAGGCAGCGAGCAACGCCUUCAUGGUGUGCGGUGUGAUGUACGCGACUCGUUACGUUAAUGAGUACCGGGAGGAAGUGUUCUACGCCUUCGACACAGCCACAGGCAAAGAAGACAACUCACUAGCAAUACCACUGGAGAAGGUAGCUAAAGGAGUGGCUAGUCUGAGCUACAAUCCCACCAACAAGCAGAUCUACAUGUACAACGAUGGUUACUUGCUGGCCUACCAGGCCCACUUUAGAUCUGAGGCUUUGUAG